AUGUCGUCUUCGUAUCCAUUCCAGAGUCCACAAGCGCAAGUCUCUUCCUCCUUGCCUCCUCACCACGAUCCAUACGCCAACGAUCCAUACUCUUCUUCUCAUCCGCAGCAGCACUACGCCCCAUAUUCUGGUCAAGCAGAUGACGACGACGGAGCCGACUACGCACAACGUACCGGCUAUCCCUACCAACACAACAAUAACAACAACAACUACUACCGCGAGGAUCUAGGCGAUAGCUACGACUCGAACCCUUCGCGUGGCAUCAACCAACCAGGUCGAACAGACGAGUAUAACAACGCCGGUGUUAUCAGCGGGAACAGUCCUUACCACGACAGUGCCAACAUGACUUCAGAAAAAGCUGGCUACGAUGAUGCGUAUGCUGCCAAAAGGGCAAGCGGCAACAGCAUCUGGACGAAAGAUGACAAGCGUGCGUUUGCAUCACGGAGUGCUCCUGCCAAGAUCUGCCGUUUCCUGAUCGGUAACCUCAUCCUCGCCAUCAUCAUCAUCGUUUCGAUCAUCUGCCUGAUUGUGAUGUUCCUUCGUCCUCCCAACGUGGCCAUCUCGGGUGUUAGUGUCCCCAACCAAAACGCCGUCACCUACCAAAACGGCGCAUUCGCAUUCAACGUCAGUGUCGACAUCUCGGUCAGCAACCCUAACUCGAUCUCGGCUAGCAUCAAGAAACUCAAAGCUACAGCGUACGAUGCUCAAGAUCAGUCCACAGCACUCGGUAAUGGCUUGAUCGAAAACCAAAAGAUUCAACCCAACGCCAACACCACUGUGGUCUUCCCCUUCCAGAUCCGAUACGAUCAGAGCGAGGAUCCGGAUUUCAGUAUCAUUCGCAACAUUGCCACUGAUUGCGGGCUGAACUUGUUCGGCGGAUCGGGUGGUGGAAGUGGGAACUUGGGCUUUGUGUUCAAGAUCGAAGUGGAUGUGGAUGUGUUGAGUAUCACAGUGCCGGCGAACUUUAAAAAGAGUGUAUCCUUCCCGUGUCCGUUGAGCGGGUCGAGUUUGCAAGGUAUUCUCAGUGGAUUGGGUAGUGCGUUGGGUGGCGUUGGUAAAAGGGCGAUCUUGGCUAAGAAGGAUGAGCAUGGGGACGGGCUCGCAGAGACGUUGAUCAAAAGACAGAUGGUAAAGGCGAACGCACUUGAUCUUGACAAAAUUUCGCAAGAGAUGAGCCCGGGCGAGUUUGCAGCAACGGUUGCAAACGGCUUGGUGAGCAAGUACUCGCCGCUUUCGCCGACGCAGGAUCAUCAUGAUGCGCUCUGA